AUGUUUUCUGGGUUUCAGACCAACAGCCAGGAAAUUGUCUAUAAUACACUCCUGUUUAAGAUGAUCCAUGUCCUUCAGCAUAGGAUUAUGCUUUAUGAGCAAGGCAAGAUUGAUCAAAGUGAAGAGAAUUCUACGAAAUCAAAUUUUAAAGGACUCUUUUCAAAAAUAUUUCUCAAGCUUAAAGGUAUGGAGAAGCUCAAAUCCUCCCCACCGAUGUUCUCGGUGGGGAUGACAGACCUAGCAAGUUACUUUGGUGUAUUCAGCACAGCGAGAUUUAAGCGCAAAUUUAAUAAAAAGGCUUUCUUGUCUGUUGAAAGUGAUCAUCGUUCGGAAGAGGACUCUUCGCACAGGAAUAGUGCCAUUUCUACAAUGAAAAAUCUUGAUUCCAUUGACCUUUCUCAACGUAAUCACAUAAUCCAGGAAGAUCAGGAACUUGAAGAACAAGAUGAUGCUGAGAUCACUCGGAAAAAGACUCCUAGUUUUAAGCAGAAGAAGUCUUCUGCUCUUAAAGGAAAGACUAAGAAUACCAGAUAUUCUUUGAAUAGGAACUCACAGAAUCAGAAAUAUUAGAAAACCUUGAGGACUGAAACCGCAACUUAGAGAGCUUGAUCAGAGUUGCUGUUAGGGAAAGCCCUAAGAACAAGUGGAUUAUCGCUCCGAAGGUUGCAUCAUCCAAUAGCUCUCGGCUUUCAAACAAUUCUUCCUUGAAUACGAGGAACAAGCCUCAGAGGUCACCUCGUGGCAAGAACUUGAGCUAUCAGAUUAGCAAGAAAACUAAGAAUCGUAGGGUGAAGCCUUCUGAUGCUCAGACUCGUACACACUCUGACUUCAGUGUCUCGUUUCGGAACAAGGGUGACUCUAAGUCUAAGCUAUCCCAGAAGUCUCAAAACAAGUUGCGUUCACUGACCAGGCGAAAGGAGAUUCUAAUAAAGCAUUCUAAGUUAAAGGCGCUGGAGCGAAACUCUAACCGAUCGGAUCGGUCAGGGAAUGUCUUGAAACUGCCAAAUUUUACAUUUGGCAAAUAGCAAGCAGAGCAGAGAUGAUGCGAGUGACCAUUCUGAUAACCAAUUCUCAGUUGAUAUCUUGUUUGGAGUGACCACUCCUGAGAAUGUCAACAUUAAUUUCCAGAAGAAGAAGAUGAGCAACCAUUUGAACCGAUCUGUUCACAUUGAUAAUAUAGAGAAGCUGAACUUGUCCAAUAACAUCAGACUGUCUUAGGAAGAGAUUUGAAAAGAUAGAGAGAGCAGUAGAAGAGAUUGCCACUAUGAUGAAGGACCAAAACUUUCUUAAUUUUAUCUUGAAGGCCUUAAAAUUCCAAAGU